AUGAAGGGACUAGCCAGGUUGUUGGCCAUCUCUAGCACUCUCGCUAGAGCUGCUAAUGCCAAAGCAGUAUUUGCUCAUUACAUGGUCGGAACUGUAACCCAGGAGCACGCGCAUAAAGACAUCGACAAUGCCAAGUCUAUGGGCCUAGACGGCUUCGCCUUGAACAUUGGUGACGCUACUCGCGACUAUGUCUCCCAAGCUCUCAGCUACCUUUUCCCAUAUGCCGAGUCUGUCGGUUUCAAGCUGUACAUCUCCAUGGAUGUCUACGCCUCUGGUGAUGCCUGCUAUCAUGGUGGGAAGUCGUGCCAUGGCCCAUCUGACUACCAGUGGGUUUGGGACUCGUAUAAAGGAAGUUCAGCGUACUAUCAGAUCAAAGGCCGUCCUCUCAUCAGCACAUUCUCUUCUGGUGGUUUCCACAACGAUACAUGGAUCAACUGGAAGAAAGGACUCGCAAAUGACAUGUUCUUCAUGCCCGACUUUGACGAAACUGACGGAUACUAUGAUUCAGCUGAUGGGUGGUGGUCAUACUGGGGCCCCAUUGUCGACGGCAUCUUCAGUUGGGAGUCUGCCUGGCCAGAACGCAAAGGCUUCGGCGGCAAGUAUGCAGGAGACGUAUCGAUCGAUGUUCCUGUUCUUGCUGGUGCUCAAAAACACGACAAGCUGUACAUGAUGGGUCUUAGUCCACUGCAGUACAAGAAUGCUUAUGGAGCGCAUGUUUAUCGACAAGGAGACCUGAACCUACCGAAGCGAAUGGUCAACAUCCUCAACAUGGAUCCCCAGCCCGACUAUGUUCAGUUUCAGACCUGGAACGAUGGCCCCGAAGCGCAUUACAUCGGAAACCUCUGGACUGAGCAAAAUAAUGACACCCAACCGUACUUCUAUGCCAACCAGGAGACUUGGGAUCAUACAGGCUGGCAACCUCUUGUCUCGUCUUUCGUCAACGCUUACAAGACUGGCCAGUCAGCCUCCCAGAUGACACCAAUGAACGGGGAUGUUCUGGUCGGUGCUGCGUGGUAUCGAACUGAGCUUUCGGAUGUGAAAUGUCCGUAUGAGGGCAACGAUGCCUACUACAACAAACCCGACGGAUGGGAUGAUGAUGUCAACUAUCUCUACUAUGCUAUCAUCCUCAAUCCGUCAUACGGAACCGGGUACAAGGUAACCGUUUCUGGAACCACCGAGCACACAGCCCCUCUGAAUCCUGGUAUGAACUACGGUUAUGGCGCUGGAGAGGUUCAAACCGGCGCUCAACGGAUCACAGUCAAGGACCCCAGUGGCAAUGUCAUUUAUUCAGCGACCGGUGGAAUGUGUGUUAGCGAUGGCUGUCCCAACUAUAUCUACAAUGGAAACUACCAGGUUCUGCCGUUCAAGAAGGGUAACGCCGAUCCCGUUUGCACUCAAUGGCCUGGUAUGGAUCACAGCGCUUGCGACUACGGCACUUGUCAUGCCAGUGGUGACGGCGGUAACAACGCAGCGGGCGAUGACUUCACUCAUGUUACCUGUACUAACCCUGGAGUUACUGAUGCUUCCAAAGAUGCAAAGUUUCGUUGGGACUCUGUGUAUGCGGACCAGGCAUGGAAUUGGGGUAUUGAUCAGUGGAAUGCUAAUCCGUUCCCUGGCGGCUUAAACUUUACAGAGCAGUUCAGCAACCUCUUCCACGGUCCAGAGGGUAUUGACUGCGGUACCAUCGAGAACGACAACCCCUGCGGCUCUAAUGUCGUGCAAUGUAACGACGUCACGUAUCCGGGAGCCUACUUUGCCAUUAACUCCAUGGAGUCUAUCUACCGCGUUCACUUCAACUUUUGGGACGCACUCGAUAGGGCUCAGAACGACAUCAAUGCUCAAGUUGGAGAGCUCUCCAGCACCUUCGCGCCCAUCAAGUCAAGCGAUUUCUCAGUUAAGCUCCUUCUUGACAUUAUUGGUCUGGGCUUUUCCCUCUCGGUGUCGCCGAUGUGGAAUUCAGCUCUGAAAGGUAUGCCUUACUUCAAGGCCAAUCCCAACACAUUGGCUACUGUCAAGGAUUGGGUGAACCCGAUGGUAACAAACAGCAUUACUAUUGCGAAAGACACCCUGAAAGAUGACAGCGCCCUCAGUGCCGAGAACUCCAUCUCGACUAGGCUCAACGCCAUUGUUACAAUUUGGCAAGCUGAGAUCGUCUCUAUGAACGAGCAGCUUUUCAACGGUUCCAAGGAGAGUACUGAUCUACUCUUCACCGCUAUUACUGACGGCCAGAUGCUCGAAACGAAGCAUCAAGAUCUUGGUGUCGAUGCGAUUCAAGCACUUGUCUCAAAGGCGCUCUUCGCGGAACUGGUCCCACUCGCUUGGCAGCUGUCAUCUUCCGAGCUUGGCCCAGUUGUCAUCGACUCCGAGCAAGGCUGCGGAGACAAACCCAAUGUGAAGCAUAUGAGCUCCAAGAACUACGAUUCAUCUGGUGUCUGUGUUGGUUCUAAGAUGUACUACUUGAUCGGAUGUACAGGCGAAGCUCGAUCCUGCGACGAGUCCCAUGGAAGCUUCAAUCCUGGAUGUACCGAAAAUUUCUUCAGUAGUCUGCCAGGACUCGCUGAUCUGACUGGAUCAGAAACGGCGUUUGGUGGUUUGACCAAGGAAGAUAUUGUCAACGGAGCCGUGAACAGCUUUGUUGGUAAUGGGAAUGCCAAUGGCUGGUCUAUGCUUGAUCCUUCCAACACAGUUGGCGGUAUGGAUCUAGUCUCCGAGUACAACGUCACAGCCCCAGGAGUUGUUAUGUUGCCAGUCUGCACUGCAUCCGAGGCAUUUUCGAAUUGGUUCUCCUUCACUAAUGGAAAAUCCAAGUCGGCCAACUACCCAUGCAGUUAA